AUGUAAACUAAAGAGAAUAAGUAAAAAUUUGCGCUCAUUUUUUUAGUUCCUCAUUAUCUACAAAAUAUAUCAAAUCAGAUGGUAUUCGUAAGUUAACUGAUCUAACUAAUUAUGAUACUAUAAAAUAAUAACAAAAAAUGUAGAUGAAGCAUUCAAUUAGCAAUUAAUAUUAAAAAAUUCUUGGCAGAUUACCGGAUGCUAAAUUUUUUAAUCCAAAAUCAGAAUCUUAUGUUUCAUAUCCUUGUUAUAAUGAAAAAUAUUUAUAAUUUCCAAAAGAGAUAUUAAACAAACUAAAAAAAAGAGUACAAUUUAUUUUAAAUUUAGACUUAAGAUGAUGAUUGUGAUACUGAUGAAGAAGUCAAAUAACAUUCUGUAAAUCACAAUGUCACAGAGAUACUCAAAUCCUUAUCUUCAAUAAAUAAAAAAUCAUACAAUUCAUCAGAUUAUUUAUGA